GUCGGAGUUCCUGGAACAGAUAUUUAUACGUGGCGCGUGUCUGGAUGCCGGCAUUUACGCGAAGUAUUAAUAAAGAAAUAAAGUAAUUUUUAUUGCGGGAUUUAAAUUUACUUAGGGUUUAAAUAUAUUUAUUUUAAUUAAACUUUUAAAAUCUGAUAAUAGUUUUGUUCGAAAAUAGUGUCUUCUUAUGACUGCUUUGGGAAUAUCUAGAUAGACAUUUUAUUGAUCACCCACGCGAACUCUUAUUUCUACACUUGACCAAGGCCAGGCAUUAAAAAGAAUACGCUUGGUUACUUCGGAUUUUUUAAUCGGGGUUUGUAUUGAAAAAAUGCAAAAGUUGUUACUUGAACUUAGUGCAUCAGUGCUCGGUGCUAAUUUAACUGACAAAUAAAAAGUGCACCAAGUGCACGUAAAACUAUCACGCUGGCGGUUACAAUGAAACUAUGGAAAGUUUUGGCACGAAAUAGCCACGUGUACAACAACGGAGUUGGUCAGAUCGUACCAGUCGUUAAAGCUCAUAAGGUUCCCACUAUCGAGUUACACGAACUAAAAUCGAUGUCACCCACAUUUUCUGAGGAUUCCGGAAAUCCGUCCAGCACUUGCCAGGAAAAUCGUCAGGGUCACUUUACUACCACGGUAGAAAUAAGAAAAAGAACCGGCGAAUCUUUGGGAAUUAUUUUAUCGGCUGGUAUAUCUGACGCCGAUCCAUGCCCAAGCAUAUCUGCACUACGCCCCGGCAGUCUGGCUAUGAGCUCAGACCAGCUCGCUCCUUGUGACCGAUUGCUCAGCGUCAAUGGCAUACCUACAGCACGCAUGCAACCCGAUGAGGUCACUAAUUUAAUCGAUAGUAUCGAUGGCAACACUGUUAUGGAACUAGAGUACUCUUUACCGAGUUAUGCAUCCCAGAAUUCAUUGUGCAUUACUUCUCAAGUUACCGACGUUACCAUAGAGCGAAUAGACGGAUCUCUAGGUAUUACUUUACGAGGUGGAUUUGUUCCAGAGCAUCCCCAUUUGAGUCGUCCCUUAAUUAUUACACAUGUUAGAGCAAACGGACCUGCUUAUAGGAGUGGUCUAAUCCGAGUAGGUGAUCGACUUUUAAAGAUAGACAGGUAUUCUUUAGUAAACAAAACCCUAAUGGAAGCCCAGCAAAUCUUGAGGGACACGGCAGGCUGUAAUCCACACAGUAUCACGUUAUCAACUUUAACAAUAGAAUACGAUGUCAGUGUAAUGGAGUCUGUGAAAUACGCUAACGGACCCCUUUUGGUGGAAAUCGAUAGGCAAGCUGAAGAGGAAUUUGGAUUGGUUCUAAGCAACUCCAAUUCACUGCUAGAUUCAGAAUCAUCACAAAACGAUAUAAUGACUGUCGGCUAUUAUAUAGAAAGGGUGAUUCCUGCCAGUACCGCAGAUAGAUGUGGCGCUUUAUCGAUAGGAGAUCAAUUACUGGCAAUCGAUAACUUAUUGCUUGAGAACUUUAGCGGAAGCCCAAGUGAUGCUGAGAAGCUUCUUAGACGGGCCACGAAACUGCAGGUACUUCCAUUCUCGGUUAUACAAAGGGCGCAAAGUAGAAGCCAAUAUGGAGUCAGCGGUGCAUUUUCUGGAAGCAGUUCCAGUGUAACAGGAUAUAGCACGCUAAACAGCCGAAGGUCACGGUCAAGUCGUCCUGGAAGGAAUAACAGACAAAGCACAAUCAACAAAUCAUUUGAUAGUGAUUGCGGUAGCAAUUAUUGUGGUUGUUCCGGCUCGGUGGGUAUAUCUCAUCCAGAAACAUUAACUGUUACUUUGACGGCAGACAGAGGCAUUGGCUAUGGCAUAACAGUUUCUGUAGGAGAUCACACUGAAAAUAGAUCAGCCGACAUUCUUGUUACUAGGAUAGCAGCUAACUCUCCUGCUUACAGAUUUGUGCCUGGUUCCUCCUUAGUGGAAGUCCUAGACUUGCAAACCUCUGAGAGAGUAGGUGCCAAUGCCGUCGCGGAAGCCGAGCCCAGGGAGCCUAUGGCCUCUUCUAUAGCCCUAGCUUUCCUUCUCCUUCUUUUCUCCGAACCGCAGAGGUUCUUUCUUUUCCGCUGUGCCCUGUUAAGAGCUCCAGCUAGAUCGUCGAUGUUAACGUCGGGGAUUACCGGGUUCCCUGCUGAGGCAGAGCCCUCAAAGGUGGAGAAAUGUGUGGGCCCAUCAGACGAAGGCCCCGCAGUAGGAGCAUCAAAAAAUCAGCCCGAUGAGCCAUUUAUUAUAUCUGAAAUCAGAAGAGGAUCUAUUGCUCACAGGACAGGGACAUUGCAUGCAGGUGAUAGAUUACUGGCAAUAGAUGGCCGCCCUUUAGAUCAUUUAAGUUUGGAAUCUGCAUUUGAUAUCUUACAAACCUCAAGCAACGAAAUUGUAACGCUUAAGGUGGAGAAAACGGAGACGGAAAAUUCAAACCUCUUUUUGGAUAGCGUAGUGUAUACUGUUGAGCUUCACAGAUAUGGAGGACCCCUAGGAAUUACUAUAUCGGGAAGCGAAGACUGUGGGGAUCCGAUUAUUUUGUCCAGAUUAACAGAGGGUGGUUUGGCUGAAAAAACUGGAGCUCUUCAUAUCGGAGAUCGAAUUUUAGCAAUAAAUGGAGAAAGUCUGGAUCAACGCCCAUUGUCUGAUGCGAUACGGUUACUGCAAACAUCUGGCGAUAGGGUUCAGUUGAAAAUUGCCAGACAUAUUAAGAACGACUCAACAAUUUUAGAAGAGCCAAGGUGUAGCUAUUCUAGUCCCGGACUCAUGAGUGUGGAUAGCGCUAUACAUAGCUGGGAUAGCAGUAAUACAGGAGACACUCAAAAUGAAAAUACAUCUGAAUUUAAAGAUAUCGAAAGUGUAUUAAGCGAACCACUAUCCUACCAAGACCAAUUCCAGGAACACGAUAAAGAUCAUACCCUAACAAAAAAUAGGAAAAGGAAUUCAGAAUUACAGUAUUAUUCUGAUGCAGAAGAAAUGUUUUGUCCCAGUCCUUUGCCACUACCAAACUACAGUUUUGGAAACACAAUGAGCCACUAUAAUCACUCAACUGGAACUGUAGAGCGACUUCCAGGAUCUAGUACUGAAAACAUGUUGGAAAAGGAAAUAUACCAUGUAACCCUGUACAAAGAUUCAAUAUACGAUGACUACGGAUUUAGUGUGAGCGAUGGUCUCUAUGUCAAAGGGGUCUACAUAAAUAGAAUAAGAAAAGGCGGACCUGCUGAUAUAGUAGGACUUUUGAGGCCAUACGACAGGAUAAUACAGGUUAAUGAUACAAAAACAGUUGAUUUCGACUGCUGCUUGACGGUACCGUUGAUAGCAUCUGCAGGCGACAGGUUAGAACUGGUUGUAGCAAGAAAUCCUCUUUUACUACCGAAUUCUUUAGAUAAGGUAAUUUUCAAAGAUGUACACAACGUAUCAAAGAUGACAUUUUCGUCAAGCCAAAAUACUAUAACAAAGACUUUAUAGAUUAUUUAUUUAUUAAGUAAAUAAUUCCAAGAGUAUAUUAUAAAAAUAUUUAUUUUAUUCUUAGUUUAUAUUAUAUCACUGUUUACAAUUUAUUAAUACCAAUACAUUCUGUUAAUAAAGUUUGAGAAUAUUUA